GUUCCAGGGUACAGGGUGGUAGCGCAGGCCCUUCGGCAGUGGUAGUGUGUUGGCUGCCGAGAGUAGUGCCUCUGCCUUGUUCUGUUCAACACCCUCCACGGGAAACCUUUCACGACGCCAGAAACUACCGAGAAAACCAGGCCAAUGGCAGAUGACAGCGACUUCGAUUUUUUCGUGCUGACUCCCAGUGACUUUGCCGACGUGACUGACAUCCUCGCCAGGGAAUUCUUCACCAGGGAGCCGCUGACCCUGGGCACCCACGCCUCCAACAUCCAGAUCAGGAAGGGCAGAGUCGCAGAUGACAUCAGGAAGUGCCUGGAGGCGGGCGUGUCCGUGGGCGUGAGACAUCGACCCACGGGCGAGCUGGUGGGCGUGAGAACCAGCUUUAUAAAAUCACGGGCGGAGUCUUCGCCGCCCACUCAGUCAGCGAAUGAACUGGAAGUGUCGUUUCGAGUGGCCGACGAAGCCUGGAAAGGAGUUGAUGUCUUCGAGGCCCAAGACGUCGACAAAGUGUUAUCUAUGUAUAUGGUAGGAGUCCACAGGGACUUCGGAGGUCGUGGUCUUGGCAGGAAACUGGUGGAGCGGUGCAUGGAGAAGGGGGUAGAAAAGGGAUGCCAGCUAGCGGCGACGUGUAUCACUAACAAAUACUCGGGAAGGAUUUUCGAGAAGCUAGGUUACGAGGUGCGUCACUGCCUUGACCUGACCUCCCUCGGGCCGGAAUGGGGCGUCGACACCUCGGUCAUGGGCGAGAAUACCACCGUCAGGAUCAUGGUCAAGAGGCUGCCAUGAAGGAGGAGUCUCUGUGUCUGUCUCUUAUUCUCCUUCAGUCUCUGUUUGUCACUUUCUCUAAUUCGCUCCCUUUCUUCCUUUCUCUCCUUUUGUCUCUUUCUCCCCUUCAAUCUCUGCCUGUC